AUGAUGAUCAGAUCCUUUCAUUCAAUUUCGUUUAAUCAAAACUCAUACAUACCUUCUCAAAAUUAGAUUCGUAGAAAUAGUUGUCAUUGUUCUCAUUGUUCUAGUUCAAAUAUAAAACAAAUCACAUUACCUAAUUAAUUAUAUGAAAUAGUCAUGCAUAGAAAAAUAAGAUUAGCCAAUUUACUUAUAAAUACAUUUAAACCAACAGAUAAAUAUUUAAGAUCUAAAUAAAAAUACAAGAACUUCCAUAUAUACUCUCGUAAUCAUUAAUAAUUCAAUUCUCCUUUCAGUCAUAAUUCACCAUAAAAAACAUCAACUCCUAGCUCACAAGAUGAAAUCAAAGAUAAUUCCUAAAACAAGAAAAUAUCAUCUAUAUAUUCAUAAUAUUAACAUUCUAAAAAAUCAAAUACAUACUUUUUAAGUUAACUUAAAACAUAAAUGACACGAAUAGAUAAAAACUUAAAUUAAUUAAUUCAAACUAGUAGAUAAUAAAUCACUGAACCAGAUGAACUAAAUAUACACUAAAAAAGAACCAAAUAAACUAUUAUUAAAACUAUUAAAACACAUCAUCCAUACAAAUCUGAAUAUAGUAUAACACUAAAUAAAUAUCUUCUUACUCCAAAGAAAAUAUAUACCAAACCUAAAAAUUUACAUGCCAAAACCUAAUAAAGUUUAUCUAAAUUCGCCAUAAAUUGA